GGGGGAAGGCGGCAGCGGUCACGUGAGGCGGGCGCCGUUGCCAUGGCGAGGGCGGUGCUGGUGCCGCUGUGCCUGUGGUGGGCCCUGGGCCGCGCCGCGCCCCCCAACGUGCUGCUGCUGCUCAUGGACGACAUGGGUUGGGGUGAUUUGGGAGCUUUCGGAGAGCCUUCGAAGGAAACUCCGAACUUAGACCAGAUGGCUUCGGAAGGGAUGCUUUUCCUGGAUUUUUAUACCGCCAACCCCCUCUGCUCGCCAUCAAGGGCAGCGCUGUUGACGGGCCGUCUCCCGGUCAGGAAUGGUUUUUACACCACGAAUGGACAUGCCAGAAACGCGUACACACCACAGGAUAUAGUAGGAGGAAUCCCAGAUUCUGAAUUACUGCUUCCAGAGUUGCUGAAGAAAGCUGGCUACAUCAAUAAGAUCAUUGGCAAAUGGCAUCUGGGCCACAGGCCCCAGUUCCAUCCCCUGAGGCAUGGGUUUGAUGAAUGGUUUGGAUCCCCAAAUUGCCAUUUUGGACCUUAUGAUAACAGAGCACUCCCCAAUAUCCCUGUGUAUAGGGACUGGGAAAUGAUUGGCAGAUAUUAUGAAGAUUUCAAAAUCGAUCUGAAGACAGGUGAAGCCAACUUGACUCAGAUCUACCUACAGGAAGCUCUCGAUUUUAUUAGCCGGCAGCAGGCCAGCCAGCAGCCAUUCUUUUUAUACUGGGCAAUUGAUGCUACCCACGCUCCUGUUUAUGCCUCCAAACAUUUCCUGGGCUCUAGUCAGAGAGGACUAUACGGGGAUGCUGUACGGGAAAUUGAUGAUAGCAUUGGAAAAAUCCUAAAACAUCUUCAAAAGCUUGGUAUCAGCGAGAACACUUUUGUGUUUUUCACCUCUGAUAACGGGGCUGCGCUCAUUUCAGCUCCUAAACAAGGAGGAAGCAAUGGUCGUUUUCUCUGUGGCAAACAAACCACCUUUGAAGGUGGCAUGAGAGAGCCAGCUAUUGCUUGGUGGCCUGGACAUAUUCCUGCAGGAGGAGUCAGUCAUCAGCUGGGCAACGUGAUGGAUCUCUUCACUACCAGCCUCUCCCUGGCGGGUCUGCAGCCUCCGAGUGACAGACAGAUUGACGGCAUCGACCUUUUACCUGCCAUCUUGCAGGGCAAGCUAAUUGACAGGCCCAUAUUCUAUUAUCGUGGCAACGAGAUGAUGGCCGUGAGAGUCGGGCUUUACAAGGCUCACUACUGGACCUGGAGCAACUCCUGGGAGGAGUACAGCAAGGGCAUUGAUUUCUGCCCUGGGCAGAACGUCUCUGGAGUGACAACGCAUACGCAGGAGGAGCAUACCACACUGCCGCUGCUCUUCCAUCUGGGGAGGGACCCUGGAGAAAAGUACCCAUUAAGUUUUGCCAGUGAAGAAUACCAAGGAGUUAUGGAGCGAAUAUCUGCCGUGGUGCAGCAGCACAAAGAGACCAUGGUGCCAGGAGAGCCACAGCUUAACGUGUGCGACAAGGCCGUCAUGAAUUGGUCUCCCCCAGGCUGUGAGAAACUAGGGAAGUGCCUGCAACCACCCGAGUCUGAUCCUAAGAAGUGCUUUUGGCCUCAUUGAUCUUUCAUGCAGCCCUCAGGAGCUACUCAGAAAAGCCAUAACCAGCCGGACACGGAGUUUACAAAUGCAUGUCUUCUCAUGUUGGCACUCCUGUUUACACAGGAAGGGUGUGAUGUAUAUGUGAUAUCAUCAUUUGCUCUUCCAAAAGGGCCAGUGUUUAUAUUGCUAGUGCUCAGGGUUUAGCCUGUACUCCUCUGUUGUUUUAAUUCUUUCCGUAAAUGGUAAAUUUUCAGCGAAGACUACUUCAACUCUAAAAGCUCUCUGGACAAGCACAACUUUGCUGUGAGCCCAGAAGCACCACGGAUGCACCUUUCCUCAGGCUCCUUCCACCCAACCUCUCAAAUCAGUGCUCGUGCGGAUGCCCCAACAGUGGCCAUGGGGUGCAGGAAAUUUACAGUGGCCAGAAAACCCUGCCCAAACUCCCCUUGUUUUGUUUGCCUAUCGCUUGUUGUUUUAACAUUUGAUUUCCAUUGUGCACUCUUUGGACACCAACCUGUUUUUCGCCGUUCUUCCUAAACUUGCAAGUACUGGGUGCAGCUUUACUGCUGAGCAUCGCUGCGUGCAAACGAGUGCUUCCUCCUGUUCUCGACCAAGGGGUUGGCUCCAGGGAGAAGGAACACCCUGCGUUCGUGCCAUCUGUAGCUGCAAACGUUCACUAGGUCAAGUUCUAAAGAAAUUUGAAGAUAGUGUUCAUGUAAGUAUUGCCUUGUUGAUGGUAUGCAGCAUGUUCUUGGGGAGCUGGGGGUCAGUUGUUCAGUUAAGGGGUUUCUUCAUUUCCAAAAAUCUAGGUCCAAAUAUGGUUUAAGUCACGCUUCUGGCCUCAUGAUCUGGGCCCAGCCAACUGCAGGCUCAGAAAUGCCCGUUUACAUCAGCUGUUAACUCUUGACCCUGUUUGCAGUGUAUGCUCUCUGAGGAAUUCUCCUUGUGCAAACUUUCCACAGCCUGGGUGCAGCACUUCUCUAAACAGAGUUCACGGUAAAUGCAAAUUCUUCACAUAA